AUGGUUAGUACUCAGUUCGAUUGGGCUCAGGGAAGCUGCAGUGUCAAGGUAGACGGGGAGUUCCGGGAGCUGCCACAGUGGAGCGAUGGGGCCACAUCAUCCACAGCUAUCAUCAACGCUGUUCGUGUGCGACAGUUGGUGAAGCGCGCAUCACGAAUCUUCGCGGUUUUCCUUGAGGAGGUGGAAGCUGAGGAGGGGAAAGGAGGGAGCGCAGCAGUUAACCAUCGGAUCGAGUUAGAGACGGGGAGCGGGCCAGUAGCGAAGCCGCAAUGGAGGUUGAGUCCAGCAGAGACAGAGGAGAUGACGCAGCAGGUUAGGCACUUCCUAGCACAGGGGUUCAUACAGCCAUCUAGAUCGCCUUGGGCAGCACCGAAUCUCUUCGCGCCUAAGAAAGACGGAGGGUUACGGAUGUGCAUAGAUUACCGCUUACUGAACGCCGCCACCGUCAAUAAUAGGUUCUCGGUGCCCAAAGUAGAGGAUCUUCUAGAUGCAGUGCAGGGCGCUAGAGUCUUCUCCAAGAUCGACCUUCGUUCGAGCUACCAUCAGAUUCGUGUAGUUCCAAAGGACCAGCACAAGACGGCGUUUCGUACGAAGCAGGGGUUGUACGAGUUUAGGGUUCUACCGUUCGGACUGACCAACGCCCCUGCGUCAUUCCAGAUGCUAAUUAACACCGUCCUCUCCGAGUUCCUUGGUUCGUUCGUUGUUGUCUACCUAGACGAUAUCCUCAUCUUUUCCAAGUCGAAUGAGGAGCACGUGCAGCACUUGCAGAAGGUCUUUGAGGUUUUGCAAAGGGAGAAGUUGUACGUGAAGCAGUCUAAGUGCGAGUUUUUUCUCCCCAAGGUCGAGUUCCUAGGGCACGCCGUAUCCGCUAGUGGCGUUAGGACCGACCCGAAGAAGAUCGCAGCCGUACAGGAUUGGGUAGCACCGACCUCAGUCAAGGAGUUGCAGAGCUUCCUCGUUCUCGCAAAUUAUUACCGUCGUUUUGUUCAGGGUUACGCUUCGAUCGCUAGUCCACUCACUGACCUACUUCGGAAAGGCGUAGAGUACGUUUGGGGUCCAGCGCAGCGGCAAGCUUUCGAGUAG